GAAAAGUAUUUUUGAGAGUUUUGGAAAGCUGUACCAGACGAGGACAGAGAUUGGUUAAGUGAGUCUCUGAAUGAUCGGGAAUAUGCAGUAGGUCUGAAGACACUUAAUGAUAAUACCAAGGAAAUACUAGAGUCAAUGAAAAAGUCCAUAGUGGAACUAUUCACAGAUGAGAACACUACAAAGGUUGAAUUGCCUUCUUCGUGGGCUCUAAUGGAGCAGUUAUUGUAUGAAGGAGGCUGGAAGGUUUUGUCCCUGAGUGAAAUCUGGAAGCUCAACUCAUCUCUUCCUUAUGAAUACCAAAUCAAAAGUGAUGAAGAAAUGUCAAAAUUUUUAAAAUGUUUCCAUGACAGUGGCCUUCUUCUGAAUUUUGAAGAAGUGGAAUUGAAGGAACAUGUUAUACUAGACAUUCAGUGGUUUGCUAAUGCUUUCAGUAAAAUAAUUGCUGAUGAAAACCACAUCACUAAAGACUGUAAAAGAAAAUUAAUCAAAGAAUGGAAAUCAUUCAACAAAACAGGGGAACUAAAAGAUAAUGUGAUAGAUGCUUUGUGGAAAGAAGAACCCUCUUACGUGAAACAUAAAAAUGAUAUUAUGCCAUACAUGGAGAAACUUCAAAUGCUGGUACCUUUGAAUGCAUAUGAGGCUGUAUCAGAAGGCGGGAUGUCAUGGUAUGUCCCGUGUAUGAACAAAAAGCAGUUUAAAGCUGACUUCAGUGAAGAUAAAUGGGAAUGCUCAUCCAUUUUAUGCUAUCGAUUCUCUUCCUUUGCCAUGUUUGUGUUCUACAGACUAGUAGCAUACUGCAUAAGUUCUUUAAGAUGGAGUGUUGCGAAAGAUGAAGACAAUGAAGGAAGUCUAUGUCUUUAUCAAACGGCGGCAGUGUUUGAUUAUCAUACACACACUGUUGUUGUUGGCAUAUGCAAUGAUGAUAUCCAGUUGCAAGUGCUUAGAAUCAAAGACUUGCCUAUAGACAAAGGAGUAUCAAAUGAAAUUGGAGAUUCUAUUGAAAAAGCAGUAGAAAAAUUGACAGAAACAUUUAUUGACACAAAAAUAUUCCACAGAGGAUACAAAUGUCAAAAUAUCAUUUGUGACGAGAGAGAUGUAUCUUUCACCCUUGCAAGUGAGCUGUCCAAAAUCAAAGCUGAAAAAACACAGUGCAAGUGUCAACUUAAGGAGAAACAUAUGAUAAAUGUACAGAUGACAGUGAGUUUUUGGGAAAAGACAAAAAUGAGUGUUUCUACAACUCCAGUGGCCUCUGGUGGACAUGACCUUGAGGGACGAUCGAGAUUCGCAAAACUUGGAAUGGCAACAAACGAUGUGUUAAAUCAGGCAUACAGAGAUAUACUAGAGAUGGAAGUGCCUCCAUCCGAUAUUGAAAAGAAAGCUAAAGCAUCAGCGGUUUACAAAAGAUUGCGCCCAGAGCAAGAACAACUCUUGCUAGAUGCUAAGCAUUCAGGAUAUAAAAGCUUUGACAUUUCUUUAACAUACACAUUAAUCCGAAACAUUUGUUCAAAGAUCCCUAAGCCAACAAAAGGAAAGUGGGGAGAUGAGCCUGCAUCAGGAGAAGUGACAGUGGGUGAUGAUAUCGAGAGAAUUAGGUCAAUCCGAAACAGCUUGACUGCACAUGUGAGUUCAGCCUCCACCUCUCAGACAGAAUUCGAUGACACCUGGACAACAAUGUCUGAUAUCUGCCAAAGAUUGGAAACUUUCACUGGGAAGAAGUACUCAGAUAACCUGAAUAGCAUUCAUAAGCUGACUUUAAAAGAAGGAGGUGAAGAUGCAGUUAAAGCUAUUAUAGAAAAGUUUGUCAAGGAUCAACAUGAACAACAUAAACUGUUGGUCAAGGAUCAAUACGAACAACGUGAACUGUUGAAGACCAUCGUGUCAGAUGUUCAAGAAUUAAAAUAUCAAAUGAGGACAUUAAAACGAAUUUGA